AUGUUGACACUAACUCAAUUCUAUGAGGGUUCAAGCUCGUCAAGACAGAAGGAGGAGUCUUCUAAUCACUAUGGUAAGAAGAAUAUUAAAUGUUACCGAUGUGGUGAAGUAGGACACAUAAAAAGAUUUUGUCGAGCCAAGAAAAGCAACAUGCCUCAAACCGAGAAAGCUCCAGAAGAAGAAGAAGAAGAAGAAGAAGAAGAAGAAGAAGAAGGAGAUGAAUCUAAAUUCUCCAACUUUCACAAAUAUAAUGGAGAUGAUGUCAUUGUGACAGCUAAUAAUUCAGUCCAUAUUAUGGAGAAGGAAGGCACUGUUGUCAUCAACGAGAAGCAAGAAAACCCUAUCACUCUCAACAGUAAUUCCAGAUUCACGUGGGUUCAUUUUGUGAAGCACGAGUCAGAAGUCUUCAAUAAGUUUAUGGAAUUCAAGGAAACAGUUGAAGGUGAGCUUGGUUCGAGGAUAAGGCGGUUGCGAACGGAUAAUGGAGGUGUUUCUCCAGAUAGUGCAGUCGUCGAGGAGCUAAAAGAAAGGGCGAGUCCGGAAACUCAGCAAGGAGAUGAUUCACAUAGUUCACAAAGGCCACAAAGAAAUAUUGUCAAGGCAGCACGCUAUAGAGAUGACAAUUUUGUCAAUACGUAUUCAUGUUUCUUUGCAGGCCCAAUUAAUGGUGGAAAGUCUCCAUCAUUUGAAGAAGGAAGAAGAACCGGGAAAAUAUUGUUGAGAUCUUCACCAAGGCACAUUCCAAAGCUUCGGUUGAGUUCUUCUGCAACAAACUUAGGGUAG